AUGGUGGAAAAGAUUUCAUACCUUGAAAUCAAGCUCAACUCUCCCCACAAAGAUGUUGUUGUCAUCAAAGGCAACGAGAACGAAUGUGAUCCGGUCCUUUUCGAAGGACAGGUGAAACUCUCUCUCAACAGCAACAUACACUUCAGGAAGAUCAAAUUAUCGUUGAUUGGAGAAGCCAGUAUUGUGUACUUUCUGAGGAAUCAACAGGGAGAAAUUCAGGAUCAAAUUGUCGAGAAGUUGGUCACUUUAAAGGUUGAUUGGGACAAUUUAUUGGUGAAUGAACAAGGAUCAAUAGUGCUUGGAGCCUAUGGAGACAAACCGGUCAAGAGUUAUAAGGUGAAAAAACUCCACUCUGCUCGUGAAGGUGGAUCAAGUGGUACUUCUACGCCAACAGGAAAACCAGGAUUCUUUAGAACUAAUAGCACGCCUCAUUUUGAUGAGUUUGACCAAAGUUCUAUCAAGCUUCCAGUUAGUGGGGUAGAUGGGACCCCUUUUAAAAACCACCCUUCCCAUCACUCAUUUCUUCUUCCCAAGGGUAACUACACACUUCCAUUCUCGGUUGUUCUUCCUACGAAUGUUAGUGAGACUGUAGAAGGAUUGAGUGUCGGUAAAAUGUUAUAUCAUUUACAAUGUACUGUGCAAAAGGGAAUAUUUGACAAACCCUUGGUUAAGUCCAGAUACCUUAGAAUUUUCCGUACAUUACAUCCCACCAACCUCAGUUUAGUGGAUAAUUCUGAAAUCAAUAGUACAUGGCCCGGAAAGGUGGAGUAUAUGGUGUGUGUGCAUAAAAAGGGUCUUGCAAUGGGGUCUAAAGUGCCUAUCAAAAUCAAAAUGGUUCCACUCGCAAAAGGUUUAAAAUUAAAGCGAGUUGUCUGUGAAAUAGUUCAGCACCAUCAUGUUAGUUCUAUGGUUGAACUGUCUCCUGAGUUUGAAAAUAUCAUUGGUACUCAACAAAUUUAUGGAAAGCUUACUGACGACCAGUUGAGCUCAGACUGUUGGGAAUUUUCGUGCAACUAUCGAGUACCUAGUCGUCUUCAAGAACUUACUCAAACUUGUACGUUGAACCAUGAAUUGAUUCAAGUCCGUCAUCGGCUUCGAAUUGUUAUCCACAUACAAAAUCCAGAUGGGAGAACUUCAGAGCUUCGUGCAAAUCUCCCCGUAACCAUUUACAUUAGUUCAAAUAUUGGACAUGUGUACGGCAACCAUGCAGAGGUAGAUCCUGUCACAGGAGUAGUUAAUCUUCUGAAAAACAUAGAUGAUCCAGUAUUCAAGCGGGAUCGGAAAUGUGCGAUGUCAUCUGUGAAUACUCCAUUGAUGUCUCCCAUAGGCUCACCAGAAGAAGAUGAAGAAGGGGGUAGUGAGGAGGACGAAUUGUCUAACAUGGACCCUCCACCACCACUUUAUGAACAGUCCAAAUUCGAUAAAAUCUACGAUAUUUCGAGUCCAAAAUCUCCAAGUGAACAACUUGGCAUGAGCCAGAUGUCUGGAGGAUAUUUUGACCUUCUGCUGCUGGCAAUUCACACUCGAGUUCAAAGUUCCAUAGACUUGAAUGUUUUGAGUAAAGUCCCUAGCUACAAUGAAGCGGUAGAGGAAGAUGACGAUGGCAGCAGAUAUCCAAUGUCUCCUAGUUAUGAUCCUUCGAUUCCAUUCACGCAGCAUUCAAUGCUUUCUGGCUCCAAUAGUUCUUUACUGGCUAGUUUGAUAAGUAGCCAUGGCAGUUUGCUGAAUUUGAAUAUGAACCAGUCAAGAGAUUUCAGUGUACACCAACGAACUCGCAGUAGUUUCAAGUUGAACUUACCCAAGAAAAAUACCACCAGUCGAGAUUCACGUUAAUAGAUCAUUAGAUUUCAAAUACGCUAUUCCAUCUGCUCUUCUUUUUACACAUUAGUUUGCUUCCACUUUCUCAGAACAGAAAUU